AUGGCCGAUUCGGGAGCAGAGGAUGCACCGUUGCUUGUUCCACGGGUAGAAGUCGUAACUCCCAACCCUGGACAAAGAUCGGGACGACCUCGUUCCCGAUGUAGCUUGAGUCUAACCGAUAGUGAUGUACAAAAUUAUAUUGACGGGGGGCAUGACGAUAGCAGUGAGAGAUCUGGCAAGUAUUCAGGAGGUGCCCAUCAAGGAAAAGGUCAUUGCCAUGCCAAUAAGACCAGGGCUGGCCUGGACAAAACAGCUAGACGUAAACUGUUAAUAGCAAGUGUUCUGUGUCUGUGUUUCAUGACUGGUGAAUUUGUUGGUGGGAUCCUUGCUCACAGUCUGGCUAUCAUAUCUGAUGCUGCACACAUGCUCACUGACUUGGCCAGUUUCCUAAUCAGCCUGUUUGCCCUUUUUCUUGCCUCAAGACCUGCUACAAAAAAACUAAGCUUUGGCUGGUAUAGGGCUGAGAUUCUGGGAGCACUGAUGUCAAUUGUGAUGCUGUGGGUGUUAACUGGAAUUCUGGUAUACAUGGGUGUAGUGAGGAUUACAAGCGGUGACUUUGAGUUAAAUCCUGUGAUUAUGUUAAUCACAGCAUCACUUGGUGUGUGCAUAAAUAUCCUAAUGGGCUUAACAUUACACCAGAAUGGUCACACACAUGGAGGAGGAGCAGGGGGAGGUCACUCUCACAGCAGCAGUAAUGCGGAAAGUUUGAUCAAUUCAAGUAUUGAAGACAGAAUUUCUCAAUAUGGUUCGGUCUCAGAUGUUGAACAAAACGACAAGGAGAAGCCACUGAAACAUUCUUCAAACAACAUCAACGUUAAAGCAGCCUUUGUCCAUGUUUUAGGAGAUUUACUACAAAGUAUAGGUGUACUUGUAGCAGCUAUCAUGAUAUACAUUAAGCCUGAGUGGAAGAUAGCAGAUCCCAUAUGUACAUUUAUCUUCUCAGUACUGGUGCUAAUGACAACUUUUACUGUAGUUCGGGAUUUAUUACGGAUUCUAAUGGAAGGUACGCCACGAGGAAUAGACAUCAGGGAUCUUCAGUCAAGUUUGUAUAGACUACCAGGUGUAAAAGAUAUCCAUGAUCUUCGGGUGUGGUCACUGUCCAUGGACAAACUAGCCCUCUCAGUCCAUUUGGCUGUCAGUGUUGAUCAUAACCCACUAGAUGUACUGAAGGAGGCAACACAGAUGAUUCAGCUAAACUUUGGUAUCCAGGAAACCACAAUACAGACUGAAGCCUACGAGGAAGAGAUGUUAAAUUGUACCCAGUGUCAGGAUCUUCCAGACUGACCCCCGCAUUUAUUGACCCUUUGUCCUACAAGAAUGACAAAUUUACCACAAAAGACACCUCACAAAACUGACCAGCUUGCCGAAAUGGCUAGCCCUAUGAACUGUUUACAUUUCAGGAAACAUUAAGUCUAACAACAAACAAUACUCUUUAGGUUUUAAUCUGUAUGCUAGAUACUGGAUAAGGCAAUUUUAUUAAGUUUGUGCCUGUCAUUUGUUAAAAACAAAAAUUAAACUCAAGUGACUCAUGGGCCUCUUGUUUCACAGAUAUUUCAACACAAUGCAAUGUUGAAAUAUUAAAAAAUGCAGUUUUACACACCAGUAAAUAACAAAAAAUUCAAAUAAAUUCUUAAGGAUGUACUCCUCGGAGAAGUGAAAAAGAAUCCUAUAUAGAUUUGAUUUUAGAAAGCAGAUUAAAAGCAUAAAAUCAUAUAUUGCUGCACCACUUUUUCCGGUACAGGAAUAUGUGGAGCAGAAAAUAAGUCAUUUCCAUAUAUAAUUUUUAUUUUUUUCAUAAAUAACAGACAUUCCCUGUUAUUUUUAUGGUAAACUUUUUUUAAAUAAAUUUUCAUCUCUCAUUACCAAUCAAUGGAAUGAUACUUGGAUCUUGAGAAAAAUCAUAUGAAAAUGCUGAAUUUUUAUUUGAUUGAACAAGUUUUAAAUAUAGCAACCAAAAAAUGAAAAUGUUUCAAAACGACAUAAAUCUUUUACUUGAACAUCUUCUAAUAUUAAACUUUUUGGAAAUGCUAUCAACUGAAUCAUGCUGUCAACUAUGCCGUCAUAAAAUGUAGAAGUCCAUGAGCAAAAUUUCUUCUGAACAUCAUAUUAUGAAUUGCCUGUUUUCAACUCGCAACUAUAGAUGACAAAGUAUAUAAAAAGACAUAAUUCCAAGAUAUUAUGUUGGAAUUUAUUUUUUUCUUAUUUAUUUAUCAGAGGAGAACAUCCUUAAGUAGCCAAACUCAGCCAUGAUAUUAAAAGUCUUUUCCUGGAAAUAGAGUCACUGAGGGGAGAUGACUGAUUUUAGCCAAACAAGAAACAUUCCUCCUUCUGGUACAAAGGCUCAGAUCAUACUAUCUUCAUAUGCAUUCCUUCUUAUUCUCCCGCAUUCAUAAAUAUUUUAAUUAUUCACCAAUUUCUUCCGACUUUCUCGGAAAAUGACCUUUAUAUAUUCUAUGUACUGUAUUUUCCGGCCUGUGAACUGCACCCGAGUAUAAGCAGCAGGACCGGUUUUAGCAAUUUUCACGAUUUCAUCCAAGUAAAAGCAGCACCAGGGUUUAACCUACUCUUUCUUAUGAUAUAAUGACCACUCUUGUUGAUGUUUGAUAUACCAUUAACAGACAACAUAAGGAAGUUUAUGUAGAUUGUCAGUGUAACAUUUAAUAAAGUUGACUGAUGAAUUUUGCACAAAUAAUCCUUUAUCUUAUGGAUGUGUUCUUAAAUAAUGCUGGUCAUUUAAAAUACCUUCGGUACAUAAAAUAGUGAACUUGUUUGGGGCCUUCAAUGAUUGCCAGAUUGACUUAUGUAUAGUGUAACAACCUCGCCGCCAGUGUCUGUACUGUUAAAUACAUUAACAUGUUGAUAAAGUUCUUAUAAUCCUGUACUACAUUUUUGCAAGCUGCACCAAAGCCGCAGACACGUAAACAAACAUGGCCACCAUUCUAGAAUUUGACUUCUUCACCCCAUGAGGCAAAAUGAGUAAAUUCUUAAAAUUUUACUCCACCUACAGGAACGAAUAGAUGUUGCCCAAAUUUGGUCUGAAGCAUCUCUUGGUAAAGGGGUAUCCAUUUUUUCCUGAAUAAGGUCAGAGGCAUUUUUGGGUGGUGAGGAAUCAAUCUUGCAUAAAUGAGAAGUCUCAGCUCAUUGGAACAGGAUUGGGGAGGUCCAAUAAGGAAAAUAGAGCAAACUCUACACCUCUUGGUUAGAGUUUGGCCGAAUUUCGUCUUAAGCAUUGUAAGGUGAAGAGAAAUCAAUCUUUUAUAAACCUUCGAUCUCGACCCCUGGGACACAGGGCAGGCCCAAUAUGGGAAAUAAAUGGAAUUCUUCAAGAUCCUACUUGUAACCUGGAUGAGCAUGACUUACAUCGCUGAUAUAAGAAUGACACAAACACCAAAUAUACAAUAUCAACAAGACUUUAUUACACUAUGUAUACUCGUAUAUUCUUACCAUAUCAUAAUUUUCAUUCCCUUAUGUAAAGUUACUAUCACUGCAAAUAGCAGUCUGAUAUCCACUAAGUCACUCAGUAGUCAUUUACACAACGUCCAAUACUCAGAAAUGUCCAUGGAUGGUCUCUACUCAUUCUUCCCAUUGACUAAGGCAGCUCCAGUCACAAUGCUCCAUGAUACAGAAAUAUGGUGAUCUGUUCAAACACAGUGUAAGUUACCAAUAGGGUCAUCUUUGAACCUGCUUGCCUACAUAGGACAUCUGGAGUUACAUGAUUGUCCAGAUAAUAAAUCAUACAGCUAUCCACACAGGAACAUAUACGGCAGUAGAAUUGCCCACGCAGGACUGCAUUCACUUACUACUUCACCCACAUAGGACUGUAUAAAUGGCCGUCUUGCCCAAAAAAGGAACAGUGUGCACUUUAUAUACAUAUAAUAUGCUACAAAUGCAAAACAACAUAUUUCCGGUAUAUAACACAACGUAGGGACUAUUGGAAUGUUAUAAAACUUAUCGCAAACUGUAUUGUGCGUUGAUGUACCCCAAUUCAACAUAAACAUGCUCAAACAACCAUUCCACCGAUCCGCUUUUCUCACGUGUAUCUCGUUCCUUCCGCCCUACUAACGUUCACAUUAUGAACCCGGAUCCGGUGUAUCCGUAUUUAUGAUAUUUACAAUAAAUUAUCACAAGAAUGACAAUGAAAUACAAAGGUUAGAAAACAUUGGGAUAUUAGAAUAAAACAGAUGUACAGAGUUACCAAGAUAUUGGAGAUAAAGAAAAUCAUUUAAAAUCCUACUCUUCAAGUAAGAAUGAUUGGAUUAUGACCAAAUUUGGUCUGAAGCAUUCUUGGGUGAAGAGAAACCAAUUUUGCUAGGUGAGUGAUACAUGCCCUAUAGACCUCUUGUUUUAUAAGUAAGUUAAGACUAAUACUGAAAUGAGUGUACUGUAUGUAACAGGGUGUAUGUUGGAGACAGAAUGAGGGAGGGUGUAUUUAUGCGAGGGUGAGAGAGAGAUCUGUCGGAGAAUGUUUUUUUUCACUAGAAACAGAUGCAAAGUAAUAAUCGUCUGAUUACAAUGAAAUGAUUCUGUUGCUCAAACAACUAUUCCACCGCUCCGCUUGAUCACAUGUAUCUCGUUCCUUCGGUCCUACUAAAGUUCACAUUAUGAACCCGGAUCUGGUGUAUCCGUAUUUAUUAUAUUUAUGAUAAAUUAUCACAAGAAUGACAAUGAAAUAAAAAGGUUAGAAAUCAUUGGAAUAAUAAAAUAAAAUAGAUGUUAUCAAUGCAUUAUCUACUUGACAUUUGUUUAUAUAUAGUUAUAAACGGUAGGGACUGUGACGACGAUUAAGGAUCCAAUGUUGUAUUAAUGGUGAUGUGGGUUUUUUUUUUUUUUGUGUGCAGAAUGAUGGGAACUGUUAUGGAAUAUGGUCCAGUAACAUUCCUCAGCUCCAAUGAAAGAUUCUGGUCAGUGGUCACCUACUUGAUGUAUUCACAAGAAACUCACUAGAAUAAAAAUAUCAUAAAACACUAUGUUUCCCACCUAAUAUGUUUCAUAUUGUCAUGUGUAGAGGAACAUGUAAACUGAUGAAAAGUGAAGAAACACUUAUCUAAAACUGGUAAAACAUGGCUUCACUUUACAAUGGAGGCUUCACCACUUCACUUUUACACUGGUAUGAAAUGGACACUUGUGUAAGAUCAUCUAGGUGUUCUUCACAUGAAUGCAUGUGACCUGGACUGUAAUCAAGAGGAAUUUGUAUGGAAGGUUCAACUUUACAAAA